AUAGAUCCAUCAAAUAAAUUAUGUCGGAAGCCGAACAUCCUCAGAGACACAUGCUCAACAAGUUCAUCAAUGCUUUGCGCGAUCAGGGAUUUCUUGACGAAAACUUCAGUAGCCUUGGAAAUUUAUACGAUAAUCGAAAUAUGUUGUCUCUAUUUUGCGAUGAUGCCGAACCAAAGCUCGACAGAGUCGAAAAAUCUCUGAAAAACGAGAAUGUGGAUUUUCAAGGUUUGGUAACCAUCAUAGAACAAAUCAAGGGAAACGCCGCUCGCCUUGGUGGAAAGCGAGUGGCAGAAGCUUGUGCAGAGCUGCAACGCUUUUGCGGGACCAGCGACGUCGAGCGUUGCAAUGAAGCCUACAAGAAGGUUAACUGGGAAUACUACAUUUUACGAGACUGUUUCCACCACAUUCUGCAGGCGGAGAGGACAAUCCGAUCUCAUGAUUGAAGAAACCGAGACUGGGAAUUAGGGAGAGGCACAGUCCAGCGUGAUAGAGUAAUAAUAAUACAUGGCUUACUCUGGAAGGCUUGGUUUUCAGUUU